CUGUGUAAUCAUGUUGCAGCUUUGCGUUUGUGUGUGGGGGAAACACAUUUAAAUUAUUGCACUUCAAGUACAAUAAAUACAAAUAUCACUGGAGGAUUUGGUUUUCAGGGCACACAUAGAUCUCUGAGACAUCUGUUUAAAAAAAAAAAAAAAAAGAGUGUUUUAUCUGAAAAGCUCAUGCUCUAAUUAUUGUGUACACACAUAUUUUGACUUCCUCUGCAAUGUUCAGCACAGGUGUUCUCGCUAUGGAGGGCCAGAAACAGGUGUUGGAGAGGCUGCGGGGUGCUUUCCGCUCAGGUGUGACCCUUCCUGUCCAUUUCCGUUUGACUCAGCUGGAGGCCAUGAUGUCACUGUUUGAAGACAAUGAAACCCGGAUUGUAGAGGCAAUGCAUGAAGACCUUGCUAAGCCCAAGUUUGAGGCAGUGCUGUCAGAGAUUGAAAUGGUGGUGAAUGACCUUUGCUACACCAUCAGCAACCUGCAAACCUGGAUGCAGCCCACUUAUGUGGGCACAAACCUGGCAACAAAGUUGGAUGACUGUUUUGUACGCAGGGAGCCAUUAGGUGUUGUUUUGAUUAUUGGAGCAUGGAACUAUCCUCUUCAGCUAAUUCUGUUACCUUUGAUUGGUGCAAUUGCUGCAGGUAACUGUGCUAUUCUGAAGCCAUCAGAAAUAAGUCGAGCAACCGAAAAGCUUCUUGCUGAACUCAUUCCUAAGUACCUGUCCCAGGAGUGUUAUGCAGUCAUUUGUGGUGGAGCAGAAGAGACCAAGACAUUGCUGGAGAAUAGAUUUGAUCAUAUUUUCUACACAGGCUCGCAGUCAGUGGCUCGUUGCAUCCUGCAGGCCGCAGCAGUACACCUUACCCCAGUUACUCUGGAGCUGGGUGGAAAGUGCCCCUGUUUGAUAUAUGGCCGGCUAGACAUGAAAGCUGCUGCUAAGAGGCUGGUGUGGGCCAAGUUUUUCAAUGCAGGGCAGAGUUGUGUGGCUCCAGACUAUGUUUUAUGCACUGCUGAGACGAGAGACAUGCUGUUGCCUUUUAUGAAAGAGGCUCUGGAGAGUUUCUAUGGAUCUGAGCCCCAGCAAAGCCAAGACUUGGGCCGUAUUGUGACAGACAGGCACUGGGACCGACUGGUUGAGCUGCUAAAAAAGUCUGAGGGAAAGAUAGUGAUAGGAGGAGAGAGUGACAAAAAGACCAAGUACAUUGCCCCCACUGUGGUCGUGGAUGUCAAGGAGUCAGAUGCUUUAAUGCAGGAGGAGAUUUUUGGCCCCAUCCUCCCUAUUCUCACCAUCAAGUCUCUCGAUGAAGGAAUCAUUUUCAUCAACGAGAGGGAAAAGCCUCUGGCACUCUAUGCCUUCUCUGAUGAGUCUCAGGUUGUAACUACAGUUCUUGAGAGGACCAGCAGUGGAGGCUUCUGUUCCAACGAUGGAAUAGUUCACAUGAGCCUCGUUGGAUUACCCUUCGGAGGAGUUGGCGCAAGUGGAAUGGGCAACUACCACAGUCGCUGGGGCUUUGAGACGUUCAGUCACAAGCGUGGCUGUAUGCUGAGGAGUUGGCUGCUGGAGCGCGUCAAUGUGCUGCGCUACCCCCCCUAUAACGAAAGCAAUCUCAGCUGGCUGCGCUGGGCCACCACUGCCAAGAAGAAGGGGUGGGCAGGAUGUUCUGUUAUGUGAGCACUGUGUCUGACACUCACAUUGAGGAUGGCCAUUUUUUAGAUUUUGUCAAUGAAGCAAAUUGUAAUCAUGGAACAAAAAAAUAUGGCUUGGCGUUCACCAAGGUUUUACAGAGAGUUUGGUCAGAAACACAAACCUCAUCUGUGGACACCACCAGAGGUCAGCAUUGAGAAAAGUUGCUUCUUCUGGAUGCUUCUAUUCUGAGAGAAAAGAGGCCAUUUACUAGAAAAAGAAUGAGUUUAUUUUACCAUUGUUCAAAUGCACUACUCAACUCUUUAUGUGCUAAUUCGCAUCUGUUAUUAUCGAACACUAAAGUGAAGAGCAUUAUUUUACUUAGUAAGGUAAUGUAGCAUCUUUACUGUUACAUAUUUUGCUAUAUAGCUCAUAAUAGUUUAGGAUUUUCUAUUUAGUGAAAAUAUCAAGUAGUAUUUCUAGUUUAUGAAUUGUAUACUUGUGUCAUUUUCAUCUUCAAAAUUGAGUACAAAAAUAAAGUCUGACAAACAUGUUUGCCCUCAGAAAACAUAAUGGGGAUUUAUUUAUAUUAUAAUUGCAUUUGUUCAUUUUUUGUUUUAAGAAACAGCUCAAAAACAUGCAAUUUGGUGUGUUUUUUAUAUAUAUGUUUUUGUUUUUUCUGAGAAUUUGGUUUACAUACCAACCAUGACGUCAUUGUGAUGUUAUUUUCUACAUGAUGUUACAUAAAUUAUUUUGACAUACCGUACUGUUAAAUAGUUUAAGGUUUGUAAGAUUUUUUUUGUUUUAAAGUAUCCUAUGCUCUCCAAGGCUGGAUUAAUUGGGUCAAAAAUACAGUAAAACAGUAAGAUUGUGAAAUAUAAUUAGUUUAUCUUUUCUUUUUUUUUUUUACGUUUUAAAAUGUAAUUUAUCCCAUUACUCCAGCUGAUUUGUUGCUCAAUAAACAUUUGUUAAUAUUAUCAAUGUUAAAAACAGCUGUGCUGUUUUAUAUUAUUGUAGAAAUCAUGAUACAUGUUUUCAUGAAUCUUUGAUGAAUAGAAAGCUCAAAAGAACAGCUUUUAUUUGAAAUAGACAUUUUGAAACAAUGUGGAAGUCUUAACUG